ACAUCAACAUCAUUAAAUCAUUAGCGGAUGAUGUUCUAGUUAAAAAAUUGAUAAUCUAUUAUUUGUUAUUAAAAAAAGUUUAUUGUUUUAAAAUGGCAGUAAUGGAGGGUUCUUUGAGCAAAUGGACCAAUGUGAUGAAGGGAUGGCAGUAUAGAUGGUUUGUUUUAGACGAUAAUUCGGGUCUGUUGUCCUAUUAUACGUCUAAAGAAAAAAUGAUGCGAGGCGUACGAAGAGGGUGUGUACGGCUCAAAGGUGCUUCGUUGGGAAUCGACGACGAAGACGACAGUACCUUUACCAUAACGGUAGAUCACAAAACUUUUCAUUUCCAAGCCAGAGAUGCCGAAGAAAGACAAAAGUGGGUGCACGCCUUAGAAGAUACGAUAUUUAGACACGGAAAAGGGUCAAGAUGGGAACCUCCGCAUCCUACACCGACACUAAAAGAUUUCGAUAACAGGGUAUCUGAAGCCGAUGCCUAUCUUCAGAUUAUGAUUGAACAAACAGCGAAACUUGAAGAAAGGAUUGGGAUGCUGACAGAUCCAGAAGAAAGAGCAACUUGUGAAAUUAUUUUAAAACAUGCAAAUGUUAUGUUGGAGAAUAUUAAACACGCUAUAGUAUUACUACAAAUUGCAAAGAAUACCGCUCAUCCAAUGAAUGGUAUUUACCCUUCAAGGCCUGGUCCAUCCAACAGUAUAUCAUCGAUACAUGACGUAUUUUUUUUUGCAGAUGUAUUGGUACCCGGUGAAGUUGUCAUUCAAACAGGCAUCGAAAUGGCCUCCGAAUGUAUAGAGAAUGGUCGACGCCAUCUCAGACCAAUUACUACGACGACAGGUCUUGUUGUACCCGAUAUGUCAUAUUCCAGUUCUGAGGGUGAGGAUGACUUUUUCGACGCUAACGAUUCACCGUUUAUCAAUAGUCAAGUACCGUCACCAACUAGCUUAAGAUCUUUUGAUAACGAAACCCCAACACAAGUACCACCACCAAAACCAUGUGCAGCCAAUACUAUUACGAAUAAAUCGAGGCCACCGUCCAUUAGAAAGAGUAGCGGUAAUUCAGGAAAAAGCACAAACCAGGAGGACUUAGAUUAUGACGCAUUGUACGAAGAAGAUGACGAUCAAGACGUUGAGAUGGAAAACCAUGGAUCCGUCAUUAGACAUCUUUUAUCUCAGGUUAAGAUCGGCAUGGACUUGACUAAAGUGGUGUUACCAACCUUCAUCUUAGAAAGGCGAUCCCUACUAGAGAUGUAUGCCGAUUAUUUUGCGCAUCCAGAUUUAUUUGUAAGUAUAGCGGAUGAGAAGGAUCCUCGAGAUAGAAUGGUUAGAGUAGUGAAAUGGUACCUGUCGUCAUAUCAUGCCGGUCGCAAAAGUGCAGUCGCCAAGAAACCCUACAACCCCAUUUUGGGCGAAGUUUUUAGGUGCCAUUGGGAUAUUCACCCAAAAACCAAUACAGCAAACGAAGAAGUUGUUUCGGACGGACCUAUACCGUGGUGUACUAAAGAACAGUUGACAUUUGUAGCUGAACAAGUAUCGCAUCAUCCCCCAAUAUCCGCUUUUUACGCCGAACAUUACAACAAAAGGAUCAGCUUCAACGCGCAUGUGUACACGAAAUCUAAGUUUUUAGGGCUGUCAGUAUGCGUAUACAACAUCGGUCAAGGAAUUGUAUCUGUGCUUGACUACAACGAAGAAUACAUCGUAACAUUCCCCAACGGGUACGGUAGGUCGAUCCUCACCACUCCCUGGAUAGAACUUGGAGGUACCGUCACCAUAAACUGCCCUCAAACGGGUUACCAUUGUGAUAUCGAAUUCAUAACGAAGCCUUUCUACGGAAACAGGAAGCAUAGAGUCAACGCGGAAGUUUUCGCGCCUGAGGAUAAAAAGUCAUUUUUGACUAUCAGCGGCGAAUGGAAUGGAAUUAUGGAAGCUAAAUGGGCCGAUACGUCUGACACAGAACUAUUCAUCGACGUGAAUGCGACAAAUCCGAUAAAGAAACAAGUUCGACCGAUAAGGCUACAGGAGGAUAACGAAUCGCGAAAGUUAUGGAAAGAAGUUACAGCGGGCUUGAAGUUCAACGAAAUUGACAGGGCGACGAAUGCCAAGCAGUUCUUAGAGCAGAAGCAAAGAGAUGAAGCGAGGGAACGAAAGGAAAGUGGAACGGAAUGGCAAACUAAGCUAUUCAAAAGAGCUGGCGACAGCGACUUACACCCUCAGUGGAUUUACACUCAGCAAUUAAAACAGCGCUUGCCAUCCAAAGCAACGAAUGCGACAUGAAACUAAAAGUAGCCGAAGCUUUCCCCCGUAAUUGCACUUUCGCCAUAACAUGGACUUAAAUUUUUAUGAUUAACCAUAAAAAACUGUGAUAAUACGUCAUGGAAAUUUCUAUCUGUUCCAAGCUGUAUCAAAAUCUAAUUUAAUUCGAAUUAGCAAAAAAAAACGAACUUAUUUUUAAUUCGUAGAAAUAUAUAAUAGGAAUUUUACUUUUUCACGUAACGUGUUCAUCACGAAUAUAUCAAAUAAAUAUAUUAAGAAUAAAUGCAAAAUCUUCUGUGAAAAACACUGACAUGUAGAAGAAUUUGUAGGAUCCCUAAUACUUAAAAUAUACGUUAACUGUUUGUAAAGAAUUAGGCAUUUAAAACUAACAUUUUCUAAGAUGGAGAAUACAUUCUGUUCUGUAAUUAUAAGUAAAAUAAGAGCACCCGAGUUUGUGUUUUGGAUCAUAUGUGUUUUUCUACACUGACCAAGAUUUUGAUGUAUUUUAAAGCUUAAUAUAUUUUGUUCUAGUAGGCCGAUUUGGAUGAUUUUUUAAGCAAUUUGUAGCUAAUUUAUUUGACUUUUUUGUAUUUCUUUCU